AGACAAAGGUUGAGUUGGAAUACCAAUUUUGGCGCUCUCUCUGUAUUUCUCUUCCUUCUCUUUCAUUUCCCCUCUCUUGUUGGUUCAAAAUUAUACUCUCUCUAAGUUUUAACCUUAUGAACAUGGAUAUGUGCCAAAAUGUAUCAGUUUCCGGUGAGUGCCAACAAGUGCAGGUUUUUGCCCCUUCUUGCUCAAGCAGCCUUGAUGACCUCUUCUCUGCUCAGAACACGGAAGUGGAUGUUGAGUUGGAGUGGCUUUCAGAGUUUGUUGAAGACUGUUUUUCAAGCCCUCCAAGCUGUGUCUUGGUACCUAUUGGUGUCAAGACUACAAGCACAAGCACCAACCUUUCUUCAGGCACAUUGAAGAGACCCCAACAACAAAAUGAGUCACCUUUGCAAAACUUUGCUGUGCCAGGGAAGGCAAGGAGCAAAAGGAAGAGGCUUUCAGCCCCAAGAGCCAACAAAGACCCUCUAAACAUAUGGUCACACCAUUUGAAUCCUCAAAAUGAGUCCUUGUGUUCUGACCCUCCUCUUCUCAAACAGGCUUAUUGGUUAGCUGACAGUGAGCUCAUCAUGCCAAAGCCAAAGGAUGAGGAGCAAGAAGAGGUGGUGACCAAAGAGGAUGAAAAAGUGAUUAAUGUGAUGAGCAAGGAAAGCUUUGGGGACUCUGAGCUUGAGGAGGGUAGCAAUGGUCAACAACCAAUGCCAACAAGGAGGUGCAGCCAUUGCUUGGCUCAGAGGACCCCGCAGUGGAGGGCAGGACCAUUAGGUCCAAAGACACUAUGCAAUGCAUGUGGAGUGAGGUACAAGUCUGGUAGGUUGCUACCAGAGUAUAGGCCAGCCAAGAGUCCUACUUUUGUUAGCUACUUGCACUCCAAUUCCCACAAGAAAGUCAUGGAGAUGAGGAUGGCUGUUUUCUCCACCAUUUCUAGUGAGCAGUAGUAGUGGUUGUUACUUAUUAGAGGUAUAUUUCUAUGUAAAAAAAAAAAAUCAAACUUCAAAUUUUAGGAACAAAAAACUAUUUGGCAAACAGAGAGAUACUGUUAAGGGGAGAGUGCUUAAUGCUAUGAUUGAUUAUAGGCACAUUUAUUUAUAUGACUUAUUAUCCAGUUUCAUUU